CGCCUCUGAGCGCGGUUCCCCGGGCGACCGUAGUCAGCGACCCACCAUGGAGCGCAGGGUGGUCAAGCCACCCGGGCAGGACAUGGUAGUGGAGCGUCUCAAAAGCCGCUACGGCCUGGCGGGGAACUGCACCGUGGAGGUGAGGGGAGUGGAGGCCGCGGACUAUGACAUGAAUGGUGUGUGGGCCACUCUGAUGAAUCAACAGCAUGAGUUUUCCAAGUUUGAUCAGACUAAAUAUAAAAGAAGAAUUCUAACCUCUACAGACGAUCUGGAUACCUACUGCUCUGGAGAUAAAGUUGGUUCCUCAGUAAGAUGUUACUCUGAUGAAAGGAAGCAUCCCACAACACCUUUUUGCAGUUCCUUCAAACACUUAAAUGUGAACUGCCUAGGUGACGAGCCGGAUUCCUUUCAUAAUUUAAAGAAGUGGGAAACAGAAAAAGAAUCAUUUGAAGAUGAUCACAGAGAUGGCGCCUCCGAAAUAACAAAGCAGUCCUUCAAAGAAAUAGAAAAAGAUGCCCUGCCGACUAACAUAACCUCAUCAAGAAUUCCGACUGAACGUUGCAGCGAUUCCGUUGACUCUCCUCCGAAACAUGUCAUUUAUCCAAAAUCCAAAGUGUCAAAGAAGCAGAGUUUACUUCCGCAUCAAAUAAAUCAAAUAUAUGAUGAAUUAUUUCAUAUCCAUAUGAAGCUUCAGUGUGAAACCGCAUCACAGCAGAAGUUUGCUGAAGAACUUCAAAACCGAGAACGGUUCUUAGCAGAACGAGAACAGCUGCUCUUCAGACAUGAAACUGCCUUGAGCAAAGUUAAAGGUGUUGAAGAAGAGGUUCUGACAAGAUAUCAAAUUCUAAAGGAGCAACACAGCAUAGAAGUCGAACAUUUAACAGACGUUCUUAAGGAAAAGAAUAAAGAGAACAAGAGAAUGAGGUCCUCGUUUGAUGCCCUGAGAGAGCUGAAUGAUAACCUAAGAAAACAGCUAAAUGAAGUAAGUGAAGAAAACAGGAAGAUGGAGAUUCAGGCCAAAAGGGUUCAAGCUCGUCUAGAUAACCUACAGAGGAAGUAUGAGUUUAUGACAGUACAAAGACUGAAAGGAGAUUCCCAUGCUGCUCAAGAAGUGAAAAGUUUAAAACAAGAAAAAGUACCAGUUUCUAAACCUUUCAAGACAGCACUCAAUGGACAAGUAUAUGAGCUGUUAAUUAUUUUCAUGGACUGGAUAUCAGACCACCAUCUUAGCAAAGUGGAGCCCGAAGAACCUGGUAUGGACGGUGAAAAACCAUCAUUCAAACCUUCCCAGAGAAGUGACAUUCAAGAGAAGUGUGUAAAGCUUUUGCCUCUGAUGACAGAGCAGCUCCAGUGGAUGCCAUUUGUGAACGCCAAACUGCAUGAGCCUUUUGUCAAGUUUAUAUACUGGUCUCUAAGGCAGCUGGAUGCUGGAGCACAGCAUUCAGCUAUGACCUCAACAUUGAGGAGACUGGGUGAAGACAUAUUUAAAGGAGUGACAAUUAAAGGAACUCAGGAUAAUUCUGUCGAGCAUUCUGUGGAGAACAAACCAAAGACAGCAGCGUUCUUCAAGAGCUCCAACUUGUCACUGAGGUUUUUAUCAACCCUUAUUGUCCUUAAAACAGUCACUCAAGUGGACUACCUAGCUCAAGCAUUUGAUUCCCUUUGUUUGGACUUGAAGACAGAUGAAGGAAAAACCUUAUUUUUGGAGUACCAAGCGGUUCCGGUGAUACUGAAACACUUGAGGAUAUCCAGUAAAGGGCUCUUGUCCAAUGUCAUCGAUAGUCUGCUUCAGAUGACGGUAGAAUCAAAGGCCUUGCAGCCCUUCCUGGAAGCCUGUAGCAACUCCUUGUUUUUCCGUACUUGUUCUGUGCUGCUCCGAACCCCUAAGCUUGAUCUCCACAUCCUGGAAAAGCUCAGUAUUAUCCUACAGAAGCUUUCAAAAAUCAAGAGUAAUAAGAAGCUCUUUGAAGUUUUUACCAUUCACCUGAUGCUUCAGGAAAUCCAAAGGACGACGCAUCCCGAGCACGCCUUUCUCUGUAUUAACCUAAAUUCCACUCUGUUCAAUCUGGGUCUGACCAAAUGUAACUCCCUGGUCUCCAGUACAAGCCAUUAGAAAAGAGAGUGUGUGUGGUCUGUGUAUGUAUAUAUAUGUUUCUGGUCGGUAAAAGUAUAAAAAUCACCAAAGUGAGAUUCUGCAGAGUAAAGUUAUCAAUAGCAGCAUUAUCAUGAAAGAUAUUGAGAAAGAUUUUUCAGCCAUGUAAAUGAGACAUAGAAGGUAUGGAUGUUUUAGAAUUUUUCAGUUUAAGGUAAUAUUAAUGUACAAAGUAACGUUUCCGGAAUUUAAGCAUUGAGGUUACUUUUUACAAAAAUAUUUUAACAAAAAAUCUUUCUUGAAAUUAUGUGAUUAUUUGGAAUAUUCUUUGUGUUCUUAUGUGGAAAUAAACUUAUGUUAUCAUUUCCCCCCUUAA